GUGGAUGAGAGGCUGGAACUGCCUUACCUACAGCUACCACCACCUACCUCCUAGGAGAGAGGAGGUAUGGCAAACACGAACUCGAGCACACUUUACAACACCUUUGCAGCAGGUACGAUGACGGUGACGACGACGACAAUCGAUCAGGCCUGCAGAAGAAGAGUGCACCACCCAUCGACUGUGGCGCGCAAGCCUAGAGGACAGCCCAAAGACUGCCACCCCAGUGACAGCGAUAGCGACAGCUCUCGAACAUGUUGCGAAACCCAUCAGCGACAGAAAGAGACAGAAACUGGUAGAGAUAGUAGACACGGCAGAAGAGGGCACGACUCUUUGGAAGAUUGCGCGCAAUACAACAUUGAGAAAGCGGUAGUGACACGAAAGUGACACGAAUUUGACAGGAAACGGCCAGCAGGUUUAGAGCGCAGAGUGGACUCUGUGCUUGUAGCGUGUUGUCAACGAGUAUUAUGUACUCUGUCCUCCUGGACAACGAGAUGGUUGGAGAUGGAGGAGCACAUGUCCUGACAUUCAGAAGAGCCAUGCAGCCUCCAGCUGUAGCAACGACAGGAUGCAGCAGCAACAACAACCCUUUGAACUCACCUCCUACAACCAAUUCCCUCGAGCUUUGGACCUCAUCAGCCUUGACCCACAGCAGAUCCUCCAGAUCAACAUUUCGAGCCAAUCGGAGAUUGCUUGCGGGACUGGACUGACUUCCCCCGAAUCCCGAAUGCAACUCCGAGACUCUUCCCUUCGCAUAUCGCAGUCGAUAACCACGAGUAGGAGUGUAGGACGUUCAAUGGCCGGCAUGAAGUCUACAUUUUGGACCAAUUCAACUCUCAUAAUCCCAUUCAGUGCAAGAAGUAACGAUUACGUACCAUACGGUAAUCUACCGUUUUAAACAGUAAACUCGGGCACGUUUGGGACUUUGGGUCGACAAACGAUUGGUCCGGAUGUGCAAGCAUUACAUGUGAGAAUCGUUAGAUGCUCCGCACAGUUAUGAGCAUGAUAGCAUCGAAUCCUUCGUGCCUCUCUGGACUGACGCCGCCCCACUGUGCGCGAGAUAACGGUCGUUCUAUAUCGCCAUGUUGGCAAGUCAAAUUUUACGCGACUACAACACUUUCCUAUCAAUUCCUUAAAUACUACCUCCUUAUAAUUCCC